UGGGCAUGGCCAACUCCCUGCUCUUCGGCCAGUGCUCUGCCUACGUGCUGGCAAUGUUCUUCGCCUCCUUCGUGCUCGUGCCUCUGGCACAAAACGGCAACGACUUCAAGGGCCGAUGUCUCCUCUACACACGGGGCUCCUGGCAGCGUCCCAACGACACGCAGCUUGCACGGCAACGGCUACCACCGCCACCGACGGCUCCUCUCAUCAUGCGGAAGAGAUCGGAAGACACCGAACCGACGGAGCAGCCGGAGCAAAAGCAGCAGGAUCGUGAUGACUACCACGUGGAUUACUUUAUCGAUGGAGUGGCUGAGGCUAAGGCAGGAGGAGUGAGACCCUUCGCUCGUGCACUCCCGCCCCUGACCUCCCUGGCCGAGUGGGACACUGGUGAGGCGAGCUUCGUGGUGGCCGUGUGGGGAGCCCCUUCUGCCUGUCAGUUCGCGACGUUCACCGGCAUCGUGUCGCUCCUGCUCGCCGCCGUGCAGGCGUGGAGGACCAUCUUCUACCAAUGCAAGGGCCACGACGACACCCUCUUCGCGGCAUUUAUCAACCUGGUGGGCAGCGGCCUGGUGGCGAUGAUGACGUUCGUGGCAAGCACGGUGGUGAGCGCGGGUUUCAACGUCUGGUGCAACAGCAUCGCCAUUCCGGGCGGCAAGCCUGACAGCUGUGAGGAGGCUCAGGAAAUGAACCUCAAUAUGGAUGUCAUUACAACUUCCUUCUACACGCACUUCGGGGUAAUCCAGUUCGGGCUGUGGUGCGCGUGGCUCACGUGGGUGGCCCUGGCUGGUCUCGCCUUCGCCAAGGUCUACCGCAGCCACCGGCAGAGCGACCUCCUGCACAGCCUGGUGCGCGAGAAGGAGCUCCUGAUGAGCCGAGCGGUGACGAGAGGCGGCGCAAGGCCCACCUUGCCCGAGCGACACCUGGCGGCUCAGGCGGGCGACAAGCAACCCAGCGUGUUCAUCUGAGGAGCGCCGCCGUGGGACGCAAACGCCUGCGCUUUGCUGCCUGCUAACGUUCCUAAAACGUGUGUGUCUGUGUGGAAUGAUGACGAUCAUGAUGAUGAUGAUAAUAAUCACUUAAUUAAUUCGAUAUAUUCGAGUCAUUAUAAAGCAAGGCUAUCAUGAGGGCAGCAUGUUUCAUGGAUGGAUGUACUGUAGUCUGCCAGUGAGGGGGCAAUGUUGAUAGUUUUACCAAAUUAGGCGAUUUGGUAAUAUUAAAAAAUGUGGACUACGCGCAUCGAUUCAUUGAUUAAAUUACAUUAUUGCGCUCGUGAUGCAGGCAUCGAAUUGUGCGUUCAAGAGUCGAUAAUUGAUCAUUCAUCAUGAAUUGAUAUUUGAUGAGAAUCGAUCAUUGUUCAAUUCGUCUACCAUGUGGUGGGUUCACGUGAUCCCUGCUAUGACGAGAGGCCUCUACAAUCACCACAACCGAAAUUAAAAAAUUGAAUUGGCUGUCAGGUGGGGGAGGGUUUUACGACACAUUUUACUUACAUGAUGGGACCAAAAAUAUUAAUUAAUCAUCAUAUUGUGCCUAUUCUCUCAGGAGCACAAUAAUAUAAGGCUUUGAAAUAAGCCUUUUUGUUUGGUUAAGUGUGAUUUUUAUUUUUUGCAUCUUGUUUUCAAAAUUGUUUUACCGCUGCUUGCAUAUAUGAGCACAGCACAGUGCCGAAGAAUAGUAGGUCAUAGCAGGCACCUGCUAUCUGCUGUGAUAUGUAGUUUAGAAACGUGUUCGUUAACAACAAAAACGUGGAACAGGAAGUAAAAAGCGUGUCUACCGUGGACAAAUGCAUGCCUAUAAUUACAUUUAGAGAGACAGAUGAACACGUGGAUUAGUGAACAUACACAGGUUAUAUUGACAUGCAUUCAAACUGUCAAGGAAAGUGAGUGGGUUUUAGGCAGGAUGUGUUUUUAAGAGAGAUGAUGGCUGACGAUCAAGAAUAUUAACAGUGGCAUACAAGGAAUGGAAUAUAUCUGGGAGGAAGGACAUAUGCCAAGGAGGUUUGUUCGUUUCUCAAUCCGCUUGUCCUGGUGAGGGUCGCGGUGGCAGUGUGUUGAGUAGUGGUGGUCCACACCUCCCAUUCCCUGGCGCCGGACUCCAGCUCUUCCUGGGGAAUUCCCAGGCGUUCCCAGGCCAGCCGAGUGACAUCAUCCUGCCAGAGUAUCCUGGACUGGCCACGGGGUCUUUGCCCAGUGGAACGUGCCCGGUAGAGCUCCAGGGGGAGUCUACCUGGGGGCCAUCCUUACCAGGUGCCCGAAUCACCUCAACUGGCUCCUCUCGAUUUCUGGAGGAGCAGCAGCGGCACGACUCUCCCGGAUUACCGAGCUCCUCACCCGAUUACGGAGAGUGAGCCCGGCAACCCUGCAGAGAAACCUAAUUUCGGCCCCUUGGAGCGAUAAAAUCAUAUGGUGUGCAGGUGUUGGGUGGAUUAUUAUAUCGCAGGAUCACAAGAGAGAUGGUGGUGGUUUCGGAAGGGUUCAUUCAGCAGUGGAUUGACCGUGGCUGAUAGAGAAGAUGAUAACAGUGCUUUAUAUAGUUUACGUAACAAAAAGACUGCUUCAAUAGUUUACGGACCACUUCUGUGCUGACAGCUUAUGGUUGACGCCGUUUCAUUGCAAUACGCAGGCUUGCUUCGCGGGUGGAUCGUCUCCGCAUCGAUGGCGCUGUAAUACGAUAAAAUCGGACAUGCGACCAACUCAACGGAUCAGCUCUCAAGCCGCGAUCGGCCAUUACCGAUCGUCGAUUUCCCCCCGCAGUCCGACAAAGCGCUGUUGCUGAAAACAUUCCACUAUGUUAAUUGGCCAACACAAUCGGGCGACUGAAAGCUGGCGACCAUUCCAUGACGGACACCAUCGCUCUCUGAUGCGUUCUCGUGUGGUGCCGCGCGUCUGCCCCGGCGCGCUGACCGACGCGUUGUUUUUUUCACUCUUCGCGCGCCAGGGGCCGAAACGUCAGACAUCGUGCCGAACGGACGCGCGGAAACCUGUACGCAGCAGGAGUGUCGCACGCACUGCGCAGACGACAAACCGUUGAAAUAAAAAUCUAACAUCGUUCUUAUUCGGUUAAGUGCCCAUUUGGAAUCUGUUAUUGUUUCAUUUGUACAGUGGGUACUGGCGUUGUCGGUGCAGGCUUUUUGACUUUGGAUGAGAUUUCGAGCCGCUUUCUUUGCCUGAGGUCUCCUUUGAGAGCACGCACUAAAUGUACCGGGCAGAGUGGAGGCUGUGGCGGCUAUUGCGAGAUACGGCAAGGAAUCUGAAGCCGUUUUUAUUCGUAAAAAAAAAAAAUUGAGGACACAGGGAUGCUUCAUUGCGAGCACUCACCACAUUAAGAAACAUGUCUUUAGAGUAGUUGGCUGACACCAAUUUCCACGUGAUAAGCCACCUCGUUGAGCAAUCAUUUGUAGCUAGUUCGCUUCUGCAAAGAGCUUAAUAGCUCAGUGGGCUUUACCUGGUAAACUAAAAUAAUAUUUGCGUUUAAAUAGUUUGGUUAAGUCACUGCAAGCGGCGUUUUAAGUGUAGCAUCCUUCAUUCUCGUGUUCGGCAGCAGUUGGGUUGCAGCCCCGUGAACACGACCCGUAAAAUAAAAAAUAUAAUAUCAGUCGCAAAUUGCACUGCGGGAGUUGUGGUCCAUGGCGUGAAGCAACUUGUAGGCGCUGUUAGAAAGAAGGCAAGCUAUGUACACUUCUUCCCGAGGAAUGUCAGCCCUGUCAUUCGUUCGGGGUGGCAAGCAAAGCAUUAAACUUCGCGUAAUUCGUUACGUCGUGCAAGCGUUUUAAAUGAAACUGGAAGAUAAAUGACACAGUCUUGGACUAUUUUUAAAAAAGUGACAGCAUGAAGUAGACUGUAUGCAUGUGGCUGUAUCUUUUUUUAGAAUAAAUAUCGUGAACACAUUGUCCUUUGCAGGGUCUCACACUUCAGGUGGAACAGUCACAGCGAUCUUGCUGUGACUGUUCCACCUGAAGACGGACGUUUGUGUUGCCUCCGAAACGUCGUGAUUUAAUUGUUUUCUUUUAUUUGAACUUAUUUUAUUUUACCUACGUGACUUUACCGAAAAAAACCAAAGAGUAUGAAUCUUUGCAGUCACGAAAGCUUCAAAUCUAGAGUCAACAACGUAACCCAACUGCUGUAUAACGCUGCUUUGCAUUACAGUAGAAGCUGGGUAUGAGAGGCACAUUUUACAAACUCAGUUAUAAUAUAAGCAAAACUGUCCUUUGCAUUGGUUGGGGGAGAAGGUGAAGGAUAGCUACUGAUACAAGCACUCUACUCCGGAUAUAAGCACGUGUGCUGGCUCCCAAGGGGGUGUGCUUAUACCCAGCUACCACUUGAUGUCAUAAGUGUCUUAUUUUUAAAGUGUAACAUUUAUUGACUUUAUUUUAAUCGUGAGGAUUGUCAGGCAGGUGAUAACUUCCCUGCUUGUUACUGAAAUGCCGAAAUAUAUUUUAAUGGCCAAAGCAUGCAUUUCCUCUUUUAAGCCGUGUUACAAAGUAUCGUGCUUAUGACAUAAUUACGUUGUGCGAUGUACCUACGUGGCUAUGUACUUGUCGUAAUUUAGCACGACACUUAAUAGUUUGACGGUAUUAAAAUAAUUUUCAUCGGUCAUAUUACUGUAUUAAAUUAUAGACCUUAAACUAGCAAAGUGCAGUGCAGUCUCGCUUUAGACUUGCCAAGUGUGAGCUUCUUUAGGUUUUUUUAAGACUAACGAUUAAAAAUCACAGCAUGCCAUAAGAAUUAAGUUUGCCUUUUAGAAGCUAUCGUUCUUGACUCUGUCUCCGUUUGGAAUGCAAUGAGGGUCACUGUCAUGCCGAUUAAAACAAUAACAAAACUGCACAAAUGGUGGCGUUGUGUUUGAUGUGUGUUAAAAUGUUACGGAAAUGGGAAAUUCAAUGGAGGUUAAACAUCGCAACGA